CAGAGAAAAAGUGCUGUUUCCCUCGCGUGCCUGACUGUGGUCACGCGGAAAUUGCGCAUCUACAUGGUCCUACCUGAAAACGAAGUAAUUCUCGAGGCUUCGUCUCGUUGGGUGUACUGCGAAUUUCUGGAAGAUGCGGGGUUAGAGCUGAAAAUGCCUCAACUCACAAUCGCUACCGCUAUAGUUUUCUGUCACCGUUUUUACGCAUGGCAGCCUCGAAGCAAAACUCGACUUGAUAUUUUCAGUAUAGCGACAGCUAGCCUUUUUUUAGCUGGAAAAGUGGAGGAAACUCCUAAGCCUCUCCGGGAGGUUGUGCGCAUCUCCUACCUUGUCCAGUUCAAAAACGACCAUGAAAGAGCAGCAAAGGAAAUCUUCCAAAAGGUGCUUGUGUCCACUUACCAUACUUGUUGUGCCUGUUUUGUGCGCAUUUUUUCAUGUUCUCUGCAGGACUGCUACUUGGAGCGGCAAGAUGACAUACUAGAAGCCGAAAGAAUUAUUUUACACACUCUUGGCUUUGAAUUUAAUGUGGAGCACCCGUAUAGACAUUUGCUCAAUGCAGUGAAGAGAGUGACCAGAGCUCAGACUGUGAAUGAAAGCCUUAGCCGCGGUCUUGCGCAAGUUGCGUGGAAUUUUGCAAAUGACAGUCUAAGAACAACUCUAAGCUUGCAGUAUACUGCUUAUGAAAUCGCUGUUUCAGUUCUAUAUCUUGCUUCGAAGCUGAUGUCGACUUUAAAAUUGUCAUCGAAUUGGUUGGCUGACUAUGAAAUAAAACAGGGUGUGUGUGAAAAAAUCAGUCAUCAAAUCAUGGACCUUUAUGAAGAAUACUGA